AGACACACUGACUGACCCACCCGGGUGCUAGGGACGCUGAGAGCCCCGGAGCAGUGCCAGGAGGUGGGGGUGGGUCAAAUAGCGGUGAUAGGAUCCGGGAUAGUCCCGGAACAGAUUUGCUAAGGAGCGCAUGGUGGUAGUGAGUGAUGUUUAUGAGUUCCCUCCUCAUUCUGACUCUGAGGGUAAAUGGCUGGUUGCAGUCUCCCCCUCAGCAAGCUGCUACUGCUGGGGAUUCGUGUGUAAACAGAUGAGACAAAGACGCAAGAUGUGAUGUCAAUGAGCGGCAUGAAUGACAGGGUGGAUUUCCAAUCCCGUGAAUCUACAGUAUCUGGAUUAUUGACCAGUGCUGGCCAUCUGAACAGCUUUGAUAACUCCUAUGGCUCGACCCAAUCUCACAGCUCUAUUCUCUAUAGAGGUAGAACGUACCAGUCAGCAUCUCAGGCCCUGGAAGCUUACAUUGACAACUUUGAAAAGAAGUCACCGUCCACCCCGAGAGGUGCAAACAAACUGCGUUUGGGGAGCAUUUCCAAACCCUCUCCCACUUCUCUGGACUGCAAGAAAGAGGUUUUCAGAGAGCGACAUUCCUUCAGGGAUUUGGAUUUCCCUAGCCGGCCUUUAAGGAGACGGAUAGCCAGUGACCUGGAUCUUGUGAGCCUCACCACUGAUGACCUUUUGGAAAUGCCGUCGGAUGGUUCCUUACCAUUGACUCGAUCCUCUGUGCUGCAGGGUUCAACACAGACUCAACAGCGAACAGGAAGCCACUUCAACCAUAACUGUUCCUACACAUUUACAAAAUAUGCUCCAAAGGUCUCCCCCUGUUAUUCUGAGGCUUGGCAUCACAAAAGAGAUGACAGCUUUGAAUUACUCUGUGGGAAAGACAGUUAUUGCCCAUUAAACCAAACUACUGGCCUUAAACGAUCUCAAUUCUCGCAGCUAGGAAUGGUGCCACAAGACAAAAAUAAAUACAUGAUUUCUUCCAUUCCUCCAACCCUUCCUGUGGAUGACUACAGAAUGGGAAAGCAUUACCUCCCUUCCGUUUCUCAGCAUAAUUAUCCCAGAUGGUUAACCAGCCAAAAAUCUGAGCUUGGUGUCUCUGGAAUAAGUAGCAUUCCUGAACUAAAAUACCCUGGCUGGGUUUUAGACUGUGACUUGGGCUCAGACUCAUGUGAACACGAAACACUGAAUGAAAGAGAGUAUCUGUUAUCAACUGGCUAUAAGACCAGAUGCUCCGACUCCAGACUUCACUCUGGCUCUGCCAUAAGCACACCAAAACAUAAACAUUUCGCCAGUUAUUCAGGAAGGGACCAAACAUUUCAUAAACACACAGGACGUGACCUUUUAAGAAGAGCACCUACACAAGGUGUUUGGUUUGCCCACUGCACUUCACAAGAAGUAGAAGAUUCUGACUGCAGUAAACCAUUCAGAGGCGAGCACAUCGAUUUACUAAUCCAGAAGGCUGAACAUGUCCAUGAGGUUCUCUCGCAGCAGGUCAGCAACCCACAGCAGAACCAAGGCAGUCCUGGUACUGAAGAUGUGUUGGAAGCUGAGCGAUCCUGGGAAAAUCCACCUGUUACCUUUAAAUCACCAGUGCCUGUGGGCAACAGUGGAGAAGAUUUCUUCGAAGCUUCCAACCCUGCUCUGACUGAAGAUGUGUCUGAGAAUCCUUUAAAUUCCGGCCAUCAGCGGAACCAUUCUGGUUCAUCGGGAGUUUCAAGAGGAAAGCACCAUGGUCCAGUUGAAGCACUGAAACAGAUGCUGUUCAGCUUACAAACAGUGCAGCAGAGUUUUGAUGAUGAUGACGCAGAAGAAAACAAAGAAAUUAGAAAGAUACCUGAAAAUAUGAUGUCUCAGACCCUGGGCUUGGAUUUUGAGGAGGCACCUGGCAGCAGAUCAUUACAGAGGGCAUUGAACCACUUGAAACAUCUGAAGGAUCUUGUUGAUGAUAUUGGUGCCAAGAUGGAAAAGGAAGCAUAGGGGCAGCAAUACGAAUGAUGAACAACUGGGGAGACUAUUUCUAAAAAGCUUGUGCAAUGAAAUGAAUUUUUUUAAAGUUUACUUGAAAUGUGUAUUAUCAUAAUGUGCUGACAUGUUGGUGAAGAUUUGAAUCACUGACCACAGUCACAUUUCCUUCUAAUGGCAGAAUAUAAACAAUUGCAUUU